ACGAGGCUUUGCUGGCCUCUUCCUCCUGUGUUCCAGGCGGGACCCUGAGCGGUGGCCGCGGACGGAGGUGGAAGCCAGCAUCUGCCUCCCUGCUGCCGCGCUCGCUGCCUGCCCCUCUGCCUUGGACUCUUCUCCCCGCUGUGCAGGCAGCGAGCUGGGGAGGGAGCGGCGCCAGCGUGAGGUUGCCAGCGGAUGGGAAGCCCCUGGACACGCUGAGGGGCCGGGCCACCAGCGGCUGAGAAAAUGAUGCAUCCUGUUGCCAGCAGCAAUCCAGCUUUCUGUGGGCCUGGCAAGCCUUCCUGCCUCAAUGAAGAUGCCAUGAGAGCUGCUGAUCAGUUUGACAUAUAUUCCUCCCAGCCAAGCAAAUACAGCCACACAGUGAGCCACAAACUGAUGGUUUGUCAGAGGCAAGACCCAUUAAAUGAAACACACUUGCAGACUACAAGUGGCAGAAGCAUAGAGAUAAAAGAUGAACUAAAGAAAAAGAAAAAUCUCAACCGAUCUGGUAAGCGUGGCCGGCCUUCGGGAACCACCAAAUCAGCGGGAUACCGGACCAGCACAGGGAGACCCCUGGGAACCACCAAAGCGGCUGGAUUUAAGACAAGUCCAGGCAGACCUUUGGGUACAACUAAAGCCGCAGGAUACAAAGUCAGCCCAGGGAGACCUCCAGGUAGCAUUAAAGCUCGAUCCCGUCCUGCCGAUCUUGGUUAUGGCUGUGGCACUGCUGCUUUUCCUUACCCUAUGAUGCAUGGUAGAGCAGUUCACGGGGUAGAGGAAACCAGCAAUGAAGUCAAGCCACCCAAUGAGUGAGUGAGGCAGGAUAGGAGGGCCAGGUUUAGAAGGAAGAUUGUGAGUAAUUCCAAAGCUUCUUGGUCUUAUUUUGACGUACAUGAUUUUAUGGCCUGGGCUUUCCAAAUUUACUUUUGUGUUUGAUUAUUUUUCUGCUUUUGCUCAGAAGCUGCCACAUACUGACAGAUGCACUCAGGGCAUGAGCAGUGGCAUUGUAUUUGUACAUAGGUUAAGUAUAACACCUAACUAAAUCAUUUUUGCUUUUCCUUUAGAGUUAUGGUUAUGUCUCAUGUUUCAUUACUAUUGUUGGGCCAUUCUAAAUAGAUGCUUUAUGCAUUAAACAAUUGAAACCAUUAUACCUGACAGUUUGUGAAGUAAGCCUACAAUAUAAUAAAGAUACUAUCUGGAAGUAUUUUUAACUGAUGGAGCAAAGCAAAUUAAUGACCCAUGAUUACUUGAGGUAAAGGCUGUGUGUUUUGUAACAUUUAUUUUCAUGAGACAGGACACAGAUAUUUGUAUGCUUUGGUAUUUACCUAGACUUGCGAUGUUAAAAAUCUUAUUUUUAAUGUUCUAGGUUUAAGCAGCUUCUUAUUUAUUGAUCUACAUGGCAUUAAUAGAUUUAAGCAUUAUUCCUAAGAGUAUUCUUUAAUGUUUACCUUUCAGUAGUUGAUAGGUUUUAUAUUUUUAAUUGCCUAAGAGCAUAUAUACCAAACACUGCAAAUAAUUCAUAUUUACAAAAAAACAGUAUUUUAUGAACAUUACAUUUUAUUGAAAUACAGUGCAUUCUGAGAAUAGCAUAUUUACUAUAAUAGAAAAAGAAACAUUCCUAAGGUUUGCAUAUAGUUAUGGUCACUACCUUUUGCCUUUCAUAUAGUUAAUGAGUUUUAAAACAUCAUGUUUAACAACAUUUAUUGGUAUUGCUCAUUCAUUUGGAUUUUUUUUUCCUUUGAGAAUUUGCCCUAUUGCAUUAGCACUUAUUGUUUUUUCAGGUUUAUAUCUACCAAAGGACACAAAUUUAAUGGUGGUCUGUAAAACUGGUAUUAACAGAAUGCAGUUUCCUGACAGUCAGAACUCAAAUAUUAACAAAUAUAUAGGAAUCCAUCUAUGCAUGAAACAUGUAAAAAUAUGUUGGUUAGUUUAAUUACAAAUCUACUUGUGGCUCCACUGAGACCACUUCAUGUGAAAUAGAUAGAAAAGAAAAAAAGUAUUGGGUGAAUAUGUAUAAGAGGACAGAGGAAAAUCUCUUUUUCCCUCUUUCUGAAUGUAAUAUUCCUUGAUAAUAUACAUAUUAUUUAUUCUAAGUUUGUUCUAAAGAAAACUAUUAGAAACUUUUGGAUUUGAAAAAAAUUCCACUAAACUGUAAAGUUACAAUGUAUGUAUUGCAUUUUAAUACCUUUGAGAUUAUAAUAUAGAUUUGCAGAACCCAAAAGGUUUUAAAACAAUUGAAAUUUUAAAAGGGUGCAUAUUGUGUUGUUUGGGCUUGCUCUCAGUUAGUACAAACUCUGAUUGCAAAUAGAUGUCAUGUUUCGUACCUUUUUUAUCAGGAAAAAAGCAGCAAGCCUUCAGGUGUUCCAGUGAUGCCUGACACAGUGAGCUGGACUUUAUGCUGCUCUUUACAGUAAGAGGUGUUGCAUUGUAUGUGGGAACUUUGUGUGCACUGGCAUCUAAGACAGUGACCUCAACAAUUUUAGCAUGGCACAAACCAUAGAGAACAAUGUUGGAUGACUGCAUAAUCAGUUGUAACAUUCUGGCAGCUAAACUGCUACAAGAGUUUCUUCUUGUUGAGGCUUAAAAUAUAAAAUUUUAAUAAUUUACUCAGAACAGUAUAACUUCUGACAUACAUAAAUGCUUACAUCUUUUUCAUAUGCUCAUCUAUCCACUUUUAUUAUGUAUCUGUCAUGUAGCUGUUUCUCAAGAUGAUGCUGGUUGCUUAAAAAUUAUUUUUCAAACUAGUUCCAGAAGACAAUUGUUUAAAUGUUGUACCUUAGAAUAAUAUAUGCCAUUGUCAAGGAGUUGGUUGCAUGUUGUGUUUCAUAGUAAGACCAUUUGACAUUUCCUUUCAAUUUAUUUUCAUUCCUGAUUUUGUUACACAUACUACAUUCAUCUUCCUCACUCUCCUCCCACCCCCAGCACAUCUACUCCUGUGGUGCUGUGCUGUGUGUCAGAAGAUAAAGCAGGUGUAUUAUUGUAUAAUGAAUUUUGUAUACAUGAAAAUGAGAAGUGAAAUCAACUAAAGUACGUAUGUUCAUAACAGUGUUUGUCAGUAUCAGGAGCUAUGUACCAGGAAAAAAGGGAAGAAUGGCUGCAGUUGUGAAUGAAUAACAUGAUUUAGAAACCUGAAUCUACUGUUGAUGUGAGUGGUUUUCCUGGAGUGUUAGAACUAUACACUAGUGAGCAUCUCCUGAUUCCACUUAAUUUUCUCCUUGUAAACAGUUUACUGGUGCCAUGCUGAAGAGAAAGACAUCUAAGUGAUAAAACGAAUUAAGUCUUAAAAUAUUUUUACUUCUAUAUAAUCUAAAAACUACAUUGUACAUCUUUUGUAACACUGUUUCUUGUGAUGAUGAACACUGAAAUAGCAUGUUAAACAACUGCCUAUACUUCACAGUCAAUUGGGGAAAACUGAACUUUUCUCCCACUGUAUGACUGUUCCUUGAAAGGUAAAUUGCUAAUUUUAUACUGUGUAAUUCUGUUCUUCACAAAAUAGGUUUCGUUAUUCUAUAUUAAAACUUGGUCAGAAAAUGAUCUGCUAUUCAAGUAAGUUUGUUUUACUCUCUUCUUUAAAAAAUAUCUCUUCUUUAAAAAAUAUCUUAACAUGCCUUAUUUAUUAUUAUCAUAUUAACAAAUAAUGAGCUAAUACAUAUGAAAUUUUCAUUUUUUGACAGAUAUAACCUUGCAUAACUAAUCUUUAGUAUGGGAUGAUUUUGAUACUAUCUUUGGAGUUUUGCAUUGAAUAUUUUAAAAAUACUGGUACAAUGUAUUGGAAGAAAACAAUAGUAUAUGGUUAAUUUUUAAUAUUUGGGGACAUUUUUAAAAUCAGUAUUUCAGUUAGAUUAAAAAAUCUAUUUUUAAUUUACUUUUUAAAAGAAUACCUGUCAAAGUAAUAUUCAUUCCAAACUGAUGUUUGUGUGAGUUAACAUGCACAUUUUUGUGAAAUAAGAAUUAACUUCUUUGCAUUAAAGAGGGAAAAGAAAAUCCAUUUAUUAGGUUAAGGGUAGUCCUUUCAGUGUGAUUAUAACCACAGUGUAUUAGCUGAAGGAAAAAAAAAAUCAGACUUCUCCUUUAUGUUCUAAGAAGCUUUAAAAGAACAGUCCAAGGAAUGCUGAUGAUAACUGCUACUCUGUUAGUCAUUGUCUAUAUACAGUAAAAUUUUAGAUCCCUUUAUAGUAAAAUAUAAGAAUUCACAACAGUUGUUCAAAACAUUUUUUCCCUUGGACAUAAAAAAAUUUGACUCUAUUAUAUUUUUGUUUUACUGAUAGCUUAACUAUAUGCUAUUAAAACUCUAGGAUGUAUCUAAAUCUUUCCUUUGCUUUUUACCCCACCCUCAAGUAGAUAAAUCUGUGUUUUCCCAUAUAAUAUGUUUAAUUUUUGGAAAUUUUUAAUGCUAUAGCAAAUCAAAUGUGUGAUUUAUAGUAAUCAGACCACUUUGAUUCUUUAAGUUUUCAGUUUCCUUUUUCCACAGAUAAUUAUGGAGAAAUAAUUACCAGUUAACUGAUAUAAGCACGCUGUCCUCUGCUGUAAAAAGUCUGAAUAGAUACUGUGUAUGUUUUUAUGUCCAUGAACUUGAGCUACUCAUGUGCAAUUAUGUGUAUGGGAAUGGAGUAGUGUUCAUGAUUUGUAUCUACAUCAUCAUAUGGAUGUAUAUUUAUUAAUAAAGUCAUUACUUUAAAACCAA